GGACCUCGGGGACCUCAUAGCUGGUUACGGUAUUGGGUUAAAAGGAGAUCUUGUGGAAACGAAAGCAAACGCAAUCUACUCUUUCCGCGUUUUCACAAGCCUGCUCCUGAAGCUGCUGCCGCUGCCGCUGCCGCUGCAGCUGAUAACACGAAGUUACAGAAACUACAGAAAACGAACCCAAUGCUGUCCUAACGGUACCUGCUAAAAGCUGACUCUACAAGGAGUUAAAGCCAGCGUGCCAAGUGAAGACAAACUGAUGUCGCGCAAAAGAAAGAAACUACAGAAGGCCUUGUGCCGCUAUACCACAAAUACGCUCGCCUACAUUGACACAGUAAGAGGAUUCUGCAAGAGGAUCUCUAAAUGGAUGCUUGGAAGGAAGUCAGAGUUCGACAUGAUGAAGGACAUCAAAGACAGGGCUGACAAAAUUGACCUGAACAUCAGCCAUGUUACCCAGUCAAAGAAAAAAGGUAAGGCUAUAUGGGAGUAUAUGAAGAGCAAGGUGACCCAGGUGACUGCAGACAGCAGGCGUGCAGAGCUGGAGAAGGAGCUGGCUGCUGUGGUGAAGGACACUCUGGGAGGCCUGGAGAAGCUGGACUACUUCCUGGAUGCAGUGGAGAAACUGGCGGUCACCUCACUUCAUGUGUUCAAGGAGGAGAACCAGGUGUUACACCUGCCCCAAGGGAUCAGCUGUGAACAGGUUCAGGUUCUCAUUGCUGCUGCACAGCUAAUCUGCCCACAACUCCUCGAGUUUAAAAGAGAUGCAAGUGUCUUCUUCCUUCCCAAACUUCAGAAUGUGGAAGUGCUGUCCUAUCAGCUGGACAAAUACAUUCGGACCACCCAGACAAUCUGUGACAAGUUAGAGAAAAGCUCUUUGAGUGGGUUUAGCCUUAAGAUAGCUACUGACACUUUGGUAGAGCUCGAUGUGGAUUUGUCUGAAGAUGAAAUACAGAGGAUGCUUUGUCACAUUAAUCAGCUCCAUAAAAUCAGGAUGAACCAGGACUUCCGGAUGGUGUUCUUGUUUCAGGAGGAAUCGUGUUCUGGCUUCAUCAAUGAGUUCACCAAGCGACAGCCCGGGAUGCUGCAGUUUCUCAAUGAGCUGGAGGCGAAUGCUGUUCAGCUAGACAGGAUGAAUAAGGGGGCAAAGAUCUCCAGUGUUGCAGGCAGCUCUGUGGGGGCAGUUGGAGGUGUGCUUUCUAUCAUUGGUUUGGCAUUAAUUCCUGUAACAGCUGGAGUGUCUCUAGCUCUGUCAAUGACUGGGGUAGGGAUGGGAAUUACCAAUGGGGUCAACAGUCUUGUCACCACAGCCACAGAGAUCAGAGUAAACUCUACACAAAAAAACAAAGCCAAUGUAGCCUUCCAGAGCUUCAUGAAGGAUGUGCAGAGUCUGCAGGAUUGUCUGGAGAAGGUGAGCAGUCAAACCGUCACCACAAUAGAAACAAGUAAGAGAGAUGUGGCUGCGGGAGUAGGCAAGGUGGUUGGUAACGCUUUUACUGUUGUAAAAGGGAUUGAUUCGCUUGUUGAUGCUGCCUCUGCUUUGCUAAGUGAAGAGCUGAUUGCAGGUGCUGGAAAGGUGGUGGCCCAGGAAGGUAAAGCCUUACGUAACGUUCCCAGGGUGGCCUCAGAAGUCCCAGAUAUUGGUCAGGCAGCAGUCAAAGGGCCUUUUGCCCUCUCCAAAUCAUCCAGGGGUCUUUUCAUUGCACUCAAUGCUCUUUCCCUUGGCCUGGAUAUCAUCUUCAUCUGUAAAGACAGUGUCAGUCUGGCCAAAGGCAGCGAGACUGAAGUCUCAAAGUUCAUCAGAGCCAGAGCUGCACUUUGGCGAUCAGAGAUGGACUCGUGGCAGAAGAUCCAUGACUCCCUGUGCAAAGGUCUGAAGACAUCAGAGAAAAACAGAGCUGUCCUGGAGACGCCAUUUUAUCCAGAGAUGGAGCUGAGGAUAGAAGCAGAGACAGAAGCAGAAGCAGAAACAGAAGCAGAAACAGAAGCAGAAACAGAAGCAAAACUGAAAGAAAAAUGGUUUUGUGUAAUCCUGUCUACUGCAGCGGUGGCAAUGCUCACUGUGCCUUUUUGCUUGUCUUUGAACUAUGUUUAGAUCCAUUUUAUAUAAAAAUCCUGCAUACAGCAGAAAACCACUGAUCAUCCACAAUCAUUCCAGCGUGUCUUUCAGGAAUUUUUAGCUGCGAUUCUUAAGACAUAAACCAUUUCACUCUUAACAUUUUUUAAUGAUUAUAUAGCCAGCAUGACUUUUGUUCCUUGUCAGAUUUUAUAUACUUUAACUUUUGCUAUGAUUAAGAUUUCUUUAGUAUAUAUGCAUAUGACAUUUAGUAGUGAAGACUUAAUCUGAGAAUCAUUGUAUGUUGGCUGUUAACCUUAAAUCUACAUUUACAGAUUAUCUCAUUAUUUUGAGAUAAUCUUAGGGGUCAACCAAUAAUCGGCCUGGCUGAUUAUUAGCGCAGAUAUUAAGCAUUUUUCCAAUAAUAUGCGUCGCUCAUUUUAAAAUCAGAUAGCAGAGAUAAUUAAUUAAUAAAAAAAUGCGCUCCUUUGGCUCUGAUGCAGCCGCCUUUCUCUGUUUGUAGUCACAUCAUUCAAUAUCGAUUAUUCUUAUGAUGUCAAAUCAUUAUAAGGCUGAUUUUUGCUCCUGAGUGAAAGUUGAAGAAACCAGAGGACGCCAAAGAGUAAAAUGUAUUAGUAACUUACUGGUAUCGAUGGCCCACUUGAAGCACUUAUCAAAAUUGACACCAGUUAUCUGUGAAGCUGUACUCCACCAGUGGAUUAUAUUCUGACAAAAAUUGCCUUGUUACGUUGGCAAAGGUCCAGACGAUCCAAUCCAAUAAAAUAUUUAGUCCAAAACACAUUAUUAUAACAAUAAAUACACACGGACUGCUAUUGCUUAGCUUUAUGUUAGCCUAACUACAGCUAGCAUGUAAACAAAAAACGCUUCUGUCAACGGCCCACAAUAGCCAAUGAGUGUCCACGUAGCCAGGAAGUGCCAGUCCCCUUUCUUUCGUGUAUACACCGACGCCGAGCCACCAGUAGCGCAGAGGAAGACUGGCGCUUCACACGCACACACACAUAACAUGCGCCAGUUUAAAAAUAUGCAAGAAUAUUUCCCACAGACAUAUUUAUAUAUUGUCGAAUACAAAAACUUCUCGAGCCGGAAUUCCGGCACAGAGUCCGAGAACUUUAAUCCCUGAGUUUAUGAUAAUUUAUCACUCAUAGGGUACAAAUAUUAUUUGCUAUUUAUAAAGAUAAAACAUGACAAUUAACUUCAAUCUUGUUAUUUUCAACAAAGUUUAUUGUUGGAGUUUGUGUUAUUCUAAAUUUUGACACCAAGAUUAAAAAUUUUACAGCAACUGUAUAUCGGUUCCAAAUAUCGGUCAUCGGUCUAAUUAGUUGCUAAUAAUUGGGAUUGGCCAGGAAAAAAACAUAUUGGUCGAUCCCUAAUUAUAUUAUCAAUGCCUUUAUCAUCAUAUAUUAUGCGUUACUUUUAAAUGUUUGCUGUCAUUACAGACAAUUUAGAACAGGCAUUACAAAGUUAUGGUGUUUGCUGGGGUACCUAUCCUGCUCAUCUUUAAAAUGUUUUAUUGUUGCAAUGCAAAUUUUACAAUGUUAUCUUGAUUCAUUUUCUGUAACUCCAAUUUCACCAAGCUCUUCUGCAUCCCUGACUUGAUAAAAGAGCUGUAUUAUAGUUAAGUAAUCCAAAUAAAUGAAAACUCUGUGCACAUGCAUUAGCAUUUACAAUAAUAAACAGUAACCUCAUGUAAA